AUGUCAGACAAUAAAGAUGUCACGCAAAACGACGCCGAUCCUGAGCUCGAAGAUUUAAUGGAUAGUGCCUUACAAGACAUGACAAAAAAGGACCAAAGUUCGAAACCGGAAGACAUUCCACAAAACAUGUGGAGUGAAGAGUUUAUAAAAGAGGCCGCAGCUCAAUUUGAAAGCAAUAUGGCAGCUAUUUUAGGGGGAUUUAGUGGUGUACCUGAGGACCAAAUAUCUCAAGAACAAAUAGCACAGACCUUUUCAAAGAUGGCAGAGGCAGCGGCACAAGUGUUAAAGCCUCAAACAGAAGGUGCGGUCACUGAGUCCCCAUCAAGUGAUCCGGCCACUCAGGAAAAAAUUGACGAGGUGUCCGCGGCCAUCUCGCAAACGUUACAAAAUUUGAACACGAACACAGAAAACUUACAGACGCCAUUUUCUGAAGCGGACUUGGCGAAUAUGUUCAAUAACUUCAACCUCACUGAAGGGAACCAGGAAGGCAAUAUGUUUCUGCCGUUCAUGCAAGGUAUGAUGCAGUCGUUGUUGUCCAAAGAGGUGUUAUAUCCGUCCCUGAAGGAGCUGGUGGAGAAGUACCCCGCCUGGCUCGCGGACAACAAGGGGAAGAUCGAGCAGAGUGAAUAUGAGAGAUUCGAGAAGCAACAAGAGCUAAUGAAGAAGGUUUGCGCCGAGCUCGAGCCGGAGCAGGAGAGUGACCCGGAGGACGUCAAGAGGAGACGAUUCGAGUCUGUGCUGAAAAUGAUGCAACAGAUGCAAGACUUGGGUCAGCCUCCGACAGAACUAGUGGGUGACAUCUCAGUGCCUCCAGAGGGUUUCGUGGCGCCCCCCACGCAGGACUCACAGUGCUCACUCAUG